AAAACUGUUUAUUUUAAUCAUUUUAGCCCCCCUGUCGGAAGCUCCAAGUCCCUCUGUCAGAAGAUUUCUUGCGCCACCUCUGCCUGAAUUCUUUGACCCUUUCUCGGCAUGAGAUUCAAGUGUCUUUUCAAACGCAAAUAUCAUUGUCUCUAAAAAUAAGUGUCUAAAAAGUAAGACAUUGUGGCUUCGUCCAUGUUAAUUUUUAUUCGCCCUUAUGCUAGGCGAGAGGCAAAUCGCUCUAUGAAAAUCUCGCACACCUUUGGUGGAAAUCUUAUUGUUGUAACUGAAAAUCUCUGAAAAUCCUUUUGUUUUCAUGGAAAUCUCGUAAGCUGUUGGCAUGUGUGAAUAGAGUUUUUAAGUGAUGAUAUCACAAUAAAUUUGGUUUCUAUUCGUAACUGUAGAAACAGAGCCAAAAUGACAGUAAUCCGUUAGCAAACUUCAAAUCUUCUAUUGGCCAUAGCUCACCCAAGUUUUGACUCAUCGACUUAUUUUUGCAUAUUUGGAAGCAUUAUAUAGAGUUCUUUUAUAAUAUCUAAUCAAAAUCCAACAUUCUAAAGAAAAUCUUUGUUGUGACGUCAAAGGGCCUCAAAGUUAGGAACUCGAUUUCCCCUCCGGUGCAGGGUUCAUGAUAUCGGUGUCGUAUCCCUGAGUCAUGUGUUGAGCUCACUCAGCAUGAUCGGCUUUUGUUCCCCUAUUUACCGCCGGAUCAUGUUAGAUAUCAUCUCUCAAACCAUAGUCAAUAGAAAAAACUCUGGUCUGGAAGCCUAUUGUUCUAACUCUUUGUUCGUGUUUAUUGCAAUCACGUGAUCUAAGUAAGGGGACGCGGCAAAAUUGGAAUAGAGGGAUUGUUGUUGAGUUUUGAGCGUAUUGCGAAGAUGUUGGUGAUAUUUUGAGAACUAUGGUCGGUUCAAAUUGUGCAAUCCCAGGUUGUGGAACUUCUCGUCGACAUUCCUACGGUGGAGUUGGACUUUUUCGAGUUUCACAGCGAAAAUCGCAAGAUUUCAUAGAUUGGAGAAGCGAGACUUUGAACAUCGUCAAGAAGUACAGGACAGUCGACAGCGAUUUCAAACGUCAAAUCGAAUCUGGGAAUAUUUAUAUUUGCGAGAAACAUUACCAGAAAGGAGAUAUUGAGCUUACUAAAACUGGACGGAAGUCUUUGAUAUUUGGUGCACUACCAAGAAUAAAUCUUCCAUUGAAGUCUUUUCAACAACCAACAGCAGCAGAAAGACGCCAUCUUAGCAUUGUCAAGGACAGUGUUGCUAGUUUACAACACAGUGUUCCUUCUUACAAACACUUCAAUGAGUUUGCAGCACGUGUUGGGAAAUUAAAGCUACAAUCUAAUGGCUGGAUUAUCGCCAACAGUCCAAACAAAUUAACAUUCAAAUUUUUUGAAAGGCCAUACAUUAUUCCUCAAUUAGAGGUCAUUGUAGAUGAGAGCUUGGCAUACACCUGUGCUGCCUAUGGCCAUCUUUUGCCAGACGACCAUUUUUUGUAUAAGGAAAGCAAAAGAUCCCUCAGAAACAUCACAAUUUCGAAGUUUCUGAAUGACUUGUCCAGCUUAAAACUUUGUUUAGGUGUUGUAGAUGUCAGAUCAGAUUCACUGGUAACUCAUCACAUUCCAUGUGAACUUGAGCUAGAAAAGAGUGAUGACAACCCUAGUCAACCCAAACAUUAUUUGAGGGCAAAAGAUUGCUCUUUUCUAACAAGAAGUGCAGAAGUAUGUCCUUCCUGCAAUGAAUCAACUAAGCAAAUUAAAAAGGCACAGUUGUCUAAACAAAGCAAGCAUAAUACUCCUGCACAUCCCAAUGCCCCAUUGUCACAGACACACCCAAAUAGGGUGAAGUUAGCCUUGCAAGAAGAGAGGUUGAAGUCUUCAAAAUUGAAAGUUCAAAUUCAAAGAAUGGAAAAAGAAAUAAAGUUUGCAGGUGUUGAAAUUGAUGAUGAUCUUUCAAGUGACAUUUUUGGGAUUAUGGCCAGCAACAGAGAGAAUGCAUCACCAUUCAUGAAACUUUUUUGGGAUCAGCAAACUAAACUUCUGCAAAGCGGAAGUAAGAAGUAUCACCCAAUGAUAAUACGCUUUUGCCUGUCCCUGGCAUCAAAAUCUGCGUCUGUCUAUGAUGAACUUAGACAUACAAAUAUACUGACUCUGCCAAGUCGUAGAACAUUAAGGGACUAUCGAAAUGCAAUAAGACCUAAGACAGGUUUUAACUCUGAAGUGAUCAAUGAGCUCAUUGAAACGGCUUCAAUGCUAAAAGGUGUUCAACGUUACAUCGUUAUUUCAAUUGAUGAGGUGAAAGUUCAGGAGAAUUUAGUGUACAACAAAAAUAAUGGAGAACUAAUUGGAUUUGUUGAUUUGGGUAAUGCAGAUCUAAAUUACUCUUGCUUUGAUGAUGUUGACCAGUUAGCCAGUCAUGCCCUGGUAUACUAUGUGAGAGGUUUGGCAUCAGACUUGAAAUUCAGCUUUGCGUAUUUUGCUACAAGAGGAGUUACAGCAUACCAAAUUAUGACAACUUUUUGGGAAGCAGUUGCUAUACUGGAGCUGACCUGCAAAUUGCCUGUCAUUGCUGCAGUUUCAGAUGGAGCUUCAUGCAAUAGAAAGUUUUACAAAAUGCAUGAUAUGUUGGAUGGAAAGGGAGGUGCAGAUGUUGUUCACCGUACCAUAAAUUUGUUUGCACUGGAUAGAUACAUAUGGUUCUUUUCUGAUGCACCCCAUUUGCUGAAGACAACUCGAAACUGUGUUUAUCAUUCGGGUGAAGGAAAAACACGAUACAUGUGGAAUGAUGGGAAGCACAUUGUAUGGAAUCAUUUUUGUAAGGUUGUUCGUGAUGAAAUGGGAUGUGGUUUGAAAAGUAUUUCAAAGCUGUCACAAGAGCAUAUAGUUUUAAAUCCAUAUUCCUGUAUGAAUGUACGACUGGCAGUUCAAUUACUUAGUGAUUCAGUUGGAAAGAUCCUCAAAGAAUACUACCCAGAAUCAAUGCAUGCAACAGCAGUCCUUUGUGAAAACAUGGAUAGAUUUUUUGAUUCACUAAAUGUAAGGAAUCAAGUAGAAGGUGUAAAAAAGCGAAAGCAGUUUUUACUGCCAUACCGCAGUGUCAAUGAUGAAAGAUUUGAAUGGCUGGAAAACUCCUUUUUAAAGUAUCUAGCAGACUGGAAAGAAAGUAUAAAGAAGCGUGAAGGUUUUUCAAAUGAUGCCAAAGCCAAAAUGUUCUUGUCUGCUCAGACUUAUGAAGGAAUAAGAAUCACAGUUCAUUCUGUCAUUGAAGCUACAAAAUUUCUGCUGCAAAGUGGUUUUGAAUUUGUGUUAACAGAGAAAUUCAAUCAAGAUGUCCUAGAGGAGUAUUUUGGUAGACAAAGAGGUUUGGGCAGAAGAAAUGAUAACCCUUCAUUAUAUCAAUUUGGGUACAAUGACAACAUUAUACGAAUGCAGAGAUCAGUAGUUCCUGUUACAGGCAACACUGUAGGAGCACACCAACAAAAACGCAAGCCUUCAUGGUACAUUGUUGAUAACCAACCUUUAAAGAAAAGAUAG